UAUCAAAACCCUAAAAACUUCAGGAAAAACCUCGAAGCUGCAUCCAUGGAGUCAGCUCUCUCAAUUACAUUUAAACCAUCAUUCCAUCACCGACAAAACCCACUUUUCAAUUCAAACAUUAUCAGCUUAAACCACCAUUUCCCCCUCUCAAAACCUUUCAAACAAUCAACAAUCAAAAUCACGGCCUCCACCGCCGAUUCCGCUACCACCAUACCCCCAAAAAAUCCCCUCAUACAAAGUCUCAAGCUCACCGCCCGCGCCAUUGUGUUCGCCGCCACCGCCGCUGUCGCUAUCUCCAAAUUCCAACAAUACCCCGCCAUAGCCGAACCAAGUUCUCAGAGCGUCGUAACAGAAGAACCCGGAACACAGGAAGAAACCCUGUUGCCGGAUUUUAUGGAAUCGAAUUCUGAAGCUACUUCCGCCAUGAAAACUCUACUCCAAGAGAAAUUAGAAGCAGGGGAAGACGAAGAAAGCUUGAAAAUCCUGAAAAAACUCGUUUCCGCCCAACCCAAUAACCUCGAAUGGAAAUUCCUAAUGGCGAGAUUGUUGAACGAAAUGGGCGAGGUUGAACCAGCUCGAGAGGCUUUGGAAGAAAUCUUGACCCAAAACCCACUUUCUUUCGAAGCAUUAUUCGAAAACGCGUUGUUAAUGGACAGAUGUGGAGAGGGUGAAGCAGUGAUCAAGAGAUUAGAAAAGGCUUUGGAGAUUGCAGAAGAGGAACAGAAGGAGAAAGAAGCAAGAGAUGUAAGAUUGAUCAUAGCCCAAGUUCAAUUUUUACAGAAGAACAUUGAAGAGGCCUUAAGAAGUUACGAUGAUCUUGUUAACGAUGACCCAAAUGAUUUUCGACCAUAUUUUUGUAAAGGAAUGAUAUAUAGUUUGAUGGAUAAGAACGAUGAAGCUAAAGAUCAGUUUGCCAAGUAUCGUGAGCUUUCCCCCAAGAAGUUUGAGGUUGAAGGAUACCUUCGAACACCAUUGUCAAGAAUGAAGCUUUUUGGAACUGAUGACCAGAAUUGAUUCAUGGGUAGUUUCUAUAAGAAGAUUAUGAAGAAUAAGAUGGAGGGAAAUGAUGAAAAAAGGGUACCAGGAGGACCCGUCUUUUUACUCCUCAUUGAUCUCUUCGUUUGUAAGCGUUCGAGACGUAAAAUC